AAGUCCAAAAACGACUUCCGCUAACCAAAAUCGGCCGACACGAUCAGUUCACACGUGCACACAGAAAAUGUCCUCCAACUCGGAAGAUUCAGUAUCUGCAGCCAAAAAAACUAAAUUCACUGUCCUUGAUGUCGAUGAAUGGCAAAAGAGAUGGACAGUGAAACAAAUAGGUUUCCAUCAGGAUACAGUCCAUCCUUUAUUAGAGAAGCAUGUUGACAAACUACUGAACAAGUGUGAAAACAUCGACAUUUUUAUGCCACUUUGUGGUAAAUCUCUGGAUAUAAAAUGGUUGUCUGAUAAAGGACACACUGUGGUGGGUGUGGAGUGUGCUUCCUUAGCUCUGGAGGAGUUCUUCGAGGAGCAGAAUGUGGAGUAUACAAAAGAACCUGUAGAGCAAGUCAAGGGUUCUCUAUAUAAGAGCAAAGACGGAAAAAUCAACCUGUAUUGCUGUGAUAUAUAUGAAUUUAACAAAGAUGUUGCUGGUCAGUUUGAUGCUAUCUGGGACCGAGCAUCAAUGGUGGCCAUCAACCGAGAUGACCGAGAAAAGUGA